AUGAGGAGCACAGGUCAGCAGGUCGCGAAAAAGGAAGGCAAGUACACGUUCUUCCUCAGUUCAGACGAUGGAUCUCUUAUGUGGCUGAACGGGGAGAAAGUUGUCGACAACGGUGGCUGCCAUGGAGAAACUGAGCAGGGCAGCGACAAGUUCCCGUUGCCAGGCGCCCACGACUUGACCGUUCACAUGUGCGAGAGGUGGGGCGGCAACGUCUUGAAGAUGCGCUACCAGGGACCGGACACUGGCAACUCCAAGAUCACAGUCCUCGAACAAGCGCUCCAACGCGUAGUUGCCGCCGAGGACAAGUUGCCAUCAAACCGCCUUCCGCUCCAUACAUCUCACUCGGACGCGCUGGCGCUCACAUACUGCCCGGAAUUCCAAGUCAAUGGCGCCGAUCUGGGCCGCAUGGCCAAGGCAUGCAACAGCGCCGAUACCGGGAAGGUGCAGAAAGCGCUCGCUAACAAGAUGUUUACCACCUGCAGGGACUGGUGCCUCUAUGACUUCAACCAACCGGUGUCGUACCGCUGGCAGCCAGUGGGCAGCUGCUGGGAAGUCUCAGCCGUGUGCGAUCGGUACCCGACGGAACAAGCGAGCGCUGUCGCCCACAAGCACACGAUCUGCGAGGCGUGA